AAUGUAUAUUUGAACAGAAUAGAUACAUACAACUUAAAUGCUUAUUUCUUUAAAGGGAGUGUUAUGACUUGUGUAACACACACACACACCAAAAAAAAAACUUUGUGAGAGCAUCUUAUUUAUUCAUUUACAGCAGGCAGUCUGAUUGAGAUGAGAGACCUGUGUACAAAAAAAUAAACAUCCACAACAAAUCAAAUCCCACAUCUAGUCCUGUUUACUGUGGGUCUGCUCAUCAGCACUGAGCAGGUUUGAAGGACUGACGAGCAAGCAAAAGUAGGGCCUACUACAGAACAGUGGGCCAUAGGUGAUGAAUAGUGGUAGUAAGAGCAGUUGCUGUGGUCUGUGACUGUUCGAUCAAAUAUCAUGUAGCCUGUAAGCUAACACGGUGCUCCUGCAGACAGGUUGCUGGUGAUUGGUCCACGGACAGGCCUUGGGUCUGAAGCAGCUGCCGUCAUCCGGUCAGACGAGGUGUGGAUGCUGACUGUGCGGGCUGAACCCUGCCUCUCCUCCUCCUCCUCCUCCUCCUCCUGCUGCUGCUGCUGCUGGACUGCGGUCUGACUGGACUCCGUCCGGAUUCUUCAGACAGAUGGAUGCUGAGGAUCCGGGGCUGAGAUGAGAUAAGCCUCCUCUGUCUCCGCCGAGCUGCUGCAGCGCCGCGCACGCACUAAAAGACGUGGGCACAUGGUGUCGGAAAGACAGGAAUACAGGGAUUUGGCGUUUUACUCGGUCAGUGUUAACUGUGUUACUGUGAGCCGUCAACGCUUCUGUUUGCACGUAAUCGCCCUCCUCAAAAAAUGGUCCCGACGCUGAUGUCCAGAGGUGAUGUGAGCUGAACCAGCGCGGAAGCCGCAGAGGAGCAGUCCCGUCUGUUGAGGUGCUGAUGCGGCUGUGACAAGCGAGCAUGGCUGCCGGGAAGUUACUGCUCUACGCCGGGCUCUCUCUUUCUCUUUGCGCCCUGGGCAUGCUGGCCGUGGCGAUGUGCUCCGACCACUGGUACGAGACCGACGCCAGGAGGUACAGGGAGCGGUGCCGAAGCUUUUCCAGCCGCCGCAAGGACCCGGGCUUCAUCUACAUCCCCAACAACAGCCUGCCUCUGCGGGCCAGCCGGAGCAGCCUGCCCCGCUGGGAGGAGAAGCUGCUGCUGGCCCGGAACCGGCGGCAGCUGUUUGCCAUGAGCGCCGCGGAUGAGUGCAGCAGGCAGUAUAACUCGACCAACAUGGGGCUGUGGAGGAAAUGUCACCGGCUCGGCUUCGACCAAGAAAUCGAGGAUCUCAUCCGGAAAGGUUCCAUUGCAAGGUGCUCCUACAUCAAAUAUCACUACUCCUCAGCUACAAUACCCAAAAAUCUCUCAUACAACAUCACCAAGACAAUAAGGCAGGAUGAGUGGCACUCCCUCCACUUACGGCGGAUGACGGCAGGUUUCAUGGGCAUGGCGGUGGCUAUCAUCCUGUUCGGUUGGAUCAUCGGUGUGCUUGGCUGCUGCUGGGACCGAGGCCUCAUGCAGUAUGUGGCCGGUCUCCUCUUCCUCAUGGGAGGGACCUUCUGCAUAAUUUCCCUAUGUACCUGUGUUGCCGGCAUCAACUUUGAGCUGUCUCGUUAUCCACGGUAUCUGUAUGGCCUGCCUGAUGACAUUGGCCAUGGCUAUGGCUGGUCCAUGUUCUGCGCCUGGGGAGGCCUCGGCCUCACCCUCAUUGCUGGUUUCUUCUGCACCCUGGCUCCCUCCGUCCAGCCGAUACCCCGAUCAACCUGCCCCAAGUCCCGACAAGAGAAUGGCACCGUCUGCUAAAGCUGGCGGCCAUUAGAAGACCAACUAAACCCACAGAACGACAACAAAGAAACAGAAAAAACUGCUCCAUAUGCUCAUCCAUCCACUCAUCUCAAGUCUCUCCUGGUUCCAGAUUUUUUUUUAUUUGUGUGUGUGUUUUAAAAUGGGUGUCUUGAUGAUCUGCUAUAUUGAAGAAAAAACAGAAAAAAACUGAAGAACUAAAGAAAUAUUAUCAAAAUUUUUGAAGUUGUGCUUGUUUUGUUGUUGUGGAACAGACAAUGAAAUGGACCAUGACCGAAAAAGGUUGUAAAGGAAAUAUGCGAAGACACUGAAAGACUUAAUUUUGGAUAGUGAGUGGUUGUAGCAAGAGAGGGGCUCUGAAUCUCUAAAGGUGAUGGAUAAUUGUAUUCAAUCUGUGAACUGCUUAUAGCUUAUAUUAACUGGUCCACUGUGAUUGUGGAGAACUGAAUGAAUCAGCAGUAUUGGAGAGAACAGUCAGACUGUUAUAAUGAAGUAAAGAUCCUGUGGAAGUUUCUCAUGGACCAGUCUUCUUGGAGCCUCCUGUGGCAUAAUUCAUAAAGAACUUGACCAAACAUGAAACCAUGUAACUUCCUGGGCUGGAAUCGUGUUUUGUGGCCAUCUAUUAACUUUCAGUAUUCCAGCUUCUGAGGUCCCUCCUACAUGGGACAUGUGAGCAGCAAAGAGAUCCAGGACCUCCACUGUUGUACAUUGUUGUACAGAAUAUUCCAGAGAAGUGACAACCAGGAACUGUCAUGUCGGACCAUUUUCAUUCUUGUGUAGGUGCAUUCCAUUCUGUCUGAUGAUCCCAUUAGCCAUUUAGCAUUUUAUACAUGCAUUCCUCUUUUAUUCAAAGUGUAUUUUCCUUUUUACUGAACCUUUCAUGUUGUGAACAAACUGUUAACUGAGCAUAUGUUCAGAGUUUGACUUUUUCCCAUCCUAGUCAUAGAGGUAAAUGUGUGAGUAUGAAUGUGUGUAUGCAUGGGAAAGGGUUAUUUUGCGGUCUCUAAAGAAGAAAAAGUUGUAAAAAAUGAUCAUAAUGACAAAGUGGAGCCUUGCCUUGGGAAUGUAUAAAGGCAGGAGCUUUGAUGAAUAGACAGAUGUAAUGGGAAGAUGCAGUGUCCUGUUUAACCCAAAUGACUUCUGCCUUGUCAUAUUUUCUGGAGAUUCCCAGACAUGGCAGAUAAAGAGUCGAUGUAAG